AUGUCUUUCCUACACCUAAGCUUCUACUCAGCCUUUACCCUUAGUAGUCUAGGCCUAGCCUUUCACCGAACUCACCUCAUCUCGGCCUUACUGUGCCUAGAAAGCAUAAUACUCUCACUAUACUUAGCCCUCUCAAUCUGACCCGUUCAAGCCCAAACACCAUCUUUCACCCUGGUGCCAAUCUUAAUAUUAGCAUUCUCUGCAUGCGAAGCAGGAACUGGACUAGCAAUACUAGUCGCAUCAACACGAACACACGGCUCAGACCACCUCCACAACCUAAACCUAUUACAAUGCUAA